CAUUCCCUUGUCUUGAUCUCGAACCGACAGCUGCACGAUGGCUCACUUGAAGAGAGUUUUUGACUUACGAAGCCUUGGAAACCGUUCCUUCCUGGACGGUCCUGCUCCUUCGCCAGGAAUCUCGCCCUCAGAUCCUUUUCUUUUUCCAUGUACACGCCUUUUCCUCUCUUUUCCCUUCACUUUGCGUGAUCUUCCAAAAGGAUUCCGCAUUUACGUUUUCGUCAUGGUUUGCUGCUUCCUAUGCCUUACUUCCAUGCCGUGGCUCAUUCGCUCCGUACCCAGGUUAUUUUUUCUGGGCCAUGCCAGAUUAACAGUACUUAUAAUGCAAGUGUUCGUGGUUGUGAGUGCUUCGUGAUUUUCAAGACUGCAAGGAUAUUGGAAGGUUUGUGACAUGACAUCUGAAUCCAAGUUAGAUGUGGUCAAUGGCCAUGGGCGUGAGGAAUCUGAGUUAAGCUAUUUAAAUGGUGAGGCGGCAUCGGGUGAAAGCGUUAAUGCUGCAUAUACAGUUCUUAAUGAUACCCAUAAACAAGGAAAUGGAUCAAUUAGCAAUACAGUGCCAAAUGCAGAACGUAGAACUUUCACUGACAGGUUUUCUAGAUGGAAACAAAGUCCGGAUCAUGAUAUCUUCAGUCUUCUGGUCGAUGGUAAUGAAAAGCGCCUACAUGGAUCGGGAAGACAAUCUGGACCUCUUUUGUCUGGGACAGCUUACUGCAUUUCCUCUUGCAGCAUGAUAUUGCUGAAUAAGAUUGUUCUAUCAAGCUAUAAUUUCAAUGCUGGAAUAUCGCUAAUGUUUUAUCAAAACUUAAUCAGUACUGUUGUUGUUGUGGCAUUGGUACUCUGCCGAGCAGUUUCAGUGGAAAAGUUGAACUGGAAGCUGAUUAGGGUCUGGCUUCCUGUCAAUGUAAUAUUCACUGGAAUGCUUGUAUCUGGCAUGUAUAGUUUGAAGUACAUAAAUAUUGCAAUGGUGACAAUUCUGAAGAACAUGACAAAUAUUUUAACAGCAAUUGGAGAAUUAUAUAUAUUUCGGAAACAUCAGAAUCAAAAAGUGUGGACUGCAAUGUUCUUAAUGAUUAUCUCUGCUGUCAGUGGUGGUAUCACAGAUCUCUCCUUUGAUGCAGUGGGUUAUGCAUGGCAGUUUAUGAAUUGUGUUCUAACAGCAAGCUACUCGCUCACCCUGAGGCGAGUCAUGGAUGAAGCAAAAAAAUCAACAAAAUCUGGAUCGCUUAAUGAAGUUUCAAUGGUGUUGCUGAAUAAUUUACUAUCUCUACCUUUUGCUAUCUUCUUGAUCAUACUACUUGGUGAAUGGGAAUAUGUAAUAAAUGUGGAGGUGACUAAAUUGCCAAUGUUUUGGGUUGUUGCCACGGCCAGUGGAUUGCUUGGACUUGCCAUUAGCUUCGCCUCAAUGUGGUUCUUAAAUCAAACUAGCCCGACCACUUACAGUCUAGUAGGUUCCCUAAACAAGAUUCCCAUCUCUGUUGCUGGUUUGGUGUUGUUCAAGGCUCCGCUUAGUCUACCAAAUUGCUUCAGUAUACUGUUUGGUCUAUUUGCUGGAGUAUUCUUUGCCAGGGCCAAAUUGUCCCGAUCAUGAUAUAAAGAU